CCGCCUCCGCCGCGCCGCCCCUCGGCCCGCCCCUCGAGGUCCACCCGUGGGCGAGCGUGGGCAGGACGGCCGAGGCGAGCCUCGCCCAGCCGGCGGCGCGGGGAGCGUGGUGGGAGGUCGAGCUGCUCGAGCUCCAGCCGCACGCGGCGCUCGUCGAGUUCCUCGCCUUCGCAGAGCGCGACGGCGCCGCGCAGCGGCUGCAGGAGUGGGUCGCGUGGCACCGCCUCCGGCCCGCGCCUCCUCGUGCGCCGUCCGACUUUUUGCACGCCACACGCGCGGGCGAGGGGGUGCAGCUGUGGUGGGAGGACGCAUGGUGGGAGGCGACGCUGCUCGAGGAGCUUGCCCUGCAGGGCGACAGGGAGGGGCAGGGCGAGCGGGCCGAGCCGCCGGCGCGGGCAAGGGUGCGGUUGCGCGGCGCGGCUGCGCUGGUGGGUGCGCCGCAGAGCGUGGUGUGCGGCCAGCUGCGGCCCGCGUGGGAGUGGAGGCUGGUCGAGGGGGCGCAGGGCUACGGCGAGUGGGUGGCGCCGUGCAUCGCACCCGUGGGCGUGGUGGCGGCCGGCGAGCCCGACGGCGGCAUCCCGCCGCCCUGAGCUCUUUCGAGCUGGAGCUCUUGCGGCCGCACGGGGCCCCGGACUCGCUCCCCAUGCCCAUCCGCCAUCGCGUCGCGUACCGGAAAGGAAAUCGCUUUAUCGGCGAGAGCUCUUGUUAUUUUCGAGAGGACGACGCGACCCCACGCCGCACAAGUCCCAACGUCCCACCGCACACACACAAGACACAAGUGUCGACUGUCGUGUCAUCCCGGUCCGGUGUCGUGUCGUCGUCGCUCUCUUGUCUCUACACACUCUAGAGCGAGUCUCUUACUAGAAGAUUCUGCGCCACAUCACACGUCUUCUUACGCGUGUGUCACGCGACGACGGGGCUCUCCGCCAUGACGGCUAGCUCUCGCUCCAUCUCUUCGAUCAAGUCAUCCUUGCUCAGCCGCAGGUCUACCGCCUUUUGCCAGACAUCCUCCUCUCUUGCCGUAGUGGCGAGCUCUCGCUUAGUCGCCGUGAUGAAAUCCUGGCGUGUCGGCUCGUUUGGCGCUGGCCAGGCGUUCUCCCUCAAAGGUCGGGCCUUACGCUUUGCUGGCGAAGGCGAACACAGCGAGGAAUAGAAGGCGAGAGCCUCGUCAGCUUCCAGCUCCAGCGGCGGUGUGCCCAAAGAAUGCAUGACCGAUUCUGGCCAUGCGAACUGUGUCGCCUGUGGCGCGGCGAGAAACCACCUCGCCAGUUCUGGUGUCAUGAGGCAGCGUGAUUGCAGGUUGGCCACAAUGUGGGACAGCGCCUUGGCGUCGAACGCCUUGCUGUUCACAAAAUGUUGUUCGGCUCGACAUAAGACCUGUUCGGCUCGACAUAAGGCCUGGUCGAUCUCGUGCACUCUCGCUGGAUUGGCUGCCAUGCAAAACGCACGACGCGUCAGGAUC